GCUGGAUAUUGCUGCUUUUGACAAACGGUCACUCUUGUCAGUGUUAGGAGUUGCACAUGUUUCGCAUUUUUUGCAUAUAAAAGUUUAAAUUAAUUAAAAGUUCGGCUAAUUAUUAGCACUUAAUAAGUGAGAGUAAUAAAUUGAUAUAAUCCAAGUGUAUAAUACCUAGUUCGCGUUUCAUUUGAAUCUUGUAUGCAGCCGGAAAUGUGCUUCGAAAAUAAAUUGUAAUGUAGAUUUGUAAUUUACGACAAUUCGCUGCGUAAUUGGAUACACCAGACUAUGCUUUAAUUGAAAUGGAAGAAGCGGAAAAGCAUUGUUUUAAAACACCAGCAAUGGCUAACGCUAGGCAGAACCAAGCAAAAAAUAACAAGAUGCCGAUGUCUUCCUCGCAAUCGCCGUCGCACAAUGCGGGACCAUCGCCCAAACGUAUUAUCAAUAAAAUACCAUUGGAUUUUAACAAAUUAAAGCAGGUUGGCUUGCAUGUGAAACUGGCAGAGGCAUUGAGUAAACAAAAUAUGAAUGCAAGCAAAAAUAUUGCAUCAGCAACAACUGCUUCGACACCAGCAUCUGCCGCCUCCUCUGCAGCAGCGCAGCCAAAUGCGGCAACGCCUGCAAUGCAUACACAAAAGCAGCAGCAACGCGAGCAGCAGACUGCUUCAAAGUCUGCCAGGAAUAAUAGCCCAACGACCACGUCUGAGCCAUCGUCGCAUAUUAAAGCGCUCAUUAAAAACAAAAUAAUGAACAAAUCCGCACAAUCCCAAGUACAACAACAGCCAAUAGACACGGCAACAACAGCGUCCAGCACCGAGAUUAGUGGAGCCCGCUCUGGAGCAUCAGGGGGUUUUACUAUGCCCAUAGCGAAAGCCGACUUGACGGCGCGUGCCAAGCCGGCUCUGUUGCUCAAUCUGGUGAAUCAGUUGCCCAAGCAGCGAGCAACGUGUGGAAGCAUCAAACCACAGCAGCAAAAGAGGCAGCAGGAGUCAACACCGCCAAGAUCAACAACAGCCACGCCAAGCGCAGGAGCAUCACCAGUACGAGCACGAGCACAAGCACCUCCACCGCCAGCAGCAGCAUCUGCAGCGGCAGCUGCACCAUUAGCGAAAUCUCCGCCGCCGCUGAUUGUUCUGGAGAACAAGGUGUUGGCCCCCAAUGAGAAGAUCGAUUUGAGAGCUCUGCGGCUGCCGAACGGCCAAUCCGCCGCAGUGCCACCCUCUGCGGUAACCAUUGUGCCCACUACGCCCAAUGAGCUCAGAAAUGCAGACAAUUUAAAAGCCGCAGAUAAGGAGCCCACUGAAAAAGCCAAAGAUAUUUUGGGAAAAUUACAGGGGGGGACUAGUGCAGCAAACGCACCGGUCAAAAAAAUGAUACUGAAUGUCAACAAGCUGAAAGUGCCGCGUGAGGAGCUUGCUCAGUUGGCCAAGGAGGUGCGAAAACAAGCAAUGCAGCAUGUGCAUCAACAGAAGCAGCCAAGCGCUGACAUUCCAGCCACAAUUGGCACUGGGCCAGUUUCCAGCCUUAUCACAACUCCAUCAGCAGCCAUAAAAACAAAGAUUUGCAAUUCAUCGAUAACUCCAGUCGCCUCCACCUCUACCUCUUCGGCGACAACAAUCCCGCCUACAUCAUUGAUAACUCCAGUCGUAGAAACUUCCCCAAAUCCGAAGGUGGCAUCAGCUGACGAAGCAGGCAAUAACCACGUGUCGUCGACCGCAACCACAUCUAUAGGAAAGCCCACAUCAUCAUCUGUGCUAGUUAAAUCAGAGCCGGAAAGCGAUGAACUGUCCGCUGUGGAUUUCAUAGAACAGUUGACUGCCAAAAAAGAUGCCGAUUUAGAUAACUAUUUGGAGCUGUCCGCCGAGGAGCUGAGCAUGAAUGCCAAGUUUGGUAGUAGCCACAGCUCAAAGCCACCUGCAGUUACUGUUAGACCAGAGGACGACCUGCCCAUAGGCAAGAUAUUGCAAAUGCAGGAUAUGGAUAUAUUGCAUGCCACAUUGAAUGUGAAUGGCAAUAAGCCGAAUGUCUUGUGUAUUAGUCCCAAUGCCAUCAAGUUGCAAAGCAGCGCACGCCCUGAAGAGAAUGAAGGUCCACCUGUCGAUGAUAAGGAUGAAGAAAAUCCAAGCAUAUCCAAGUUCCAACCGCUAAAGGUAACAGCUCCCAAACAUGUGUAUACCAAUACAAAGAAAAAGACUCCUUUGACAAAGCUCCCAAGUUUGGUAGAGACAUCACCCAACCAGGAUGAGACGCCCGAAAAGCAAAUGACUAAAGCGCCCGUCCGUGCGGCUGAAGCGGAGUGCGCGAAGGAGAAACCCCAACCCGUUAAGACAGUGCCUUACAAGCCCAAAAAGGGCAAAGUCAAUUUGGUGCAACGCAACAAGAAAACAAGUGCUCCGAAGCUGAAUGAGACGACCACAGCUAAAAAGGUUGCCGAAGAACCAUUCCAAGUAUCUGACACGGAAAUCGAAUCCGACAUUUCUGAAGCGACGAGGGAAACUGCGGCUGCCAGAGAAACCACUACGAAAGCAGUGAUAAAUCCAGCGAGUGAAGAUCUUGAUGCAACUAAAAAGAUCGAGAAAAACAAAGUGUGA